AAAAAAAUUUGCAGAUGUGCAUUUAGUAAAACUAAACAACCAUUCUAGGCCGAAGAUAUGCAGUGCCGCUCUAUAAUGCAAAAGAUAUAAAUAUCCCCAAUUUGAAUACUUUGUAACAAAAUAAGAAAACAACAUGAGCGACGUUGAUCCGGAAACGUUGCUGGAAUGGUUGUCCAUGGGACAAGGAGAUGAAAGGGACAUGCAGUUAAUUGCUUUGGAGCAGUUGUGUAUGCUUCUCUUGAUGUCAGAUAAUGUUGAUCGUUGUUUCGAAAGUUGUCCUCCGCGUACUUUUUUGCCAGCUUUGUGCAAGAUAUUUUUGGAUGAGCUUGCACCGGAGAAUGUGCUGGAAGUGACUGCACGCGCCAUAACCUAUUACCUGGAUGUGUCGGCGGAGUGCACACGUAGAAUUGUUUCGAUCGAUGGCGCCAUAAAGGCGAUCUGCAAUCGUCUGGUCGUCGCCGAUCUCUCGUCGCGAACCUCGCGCGAUCUCGCCGAGCAGUGCAUUAAAGUCUUGGAAUUGAUUUGCACCCGCGAAGCCGGUGCAGUUUUUGAGGGAUGCGGUCUAAACUGCGUCCUCUCAUUUAUCCGAGACUGUGGAUCUCAAGUGCACAAGGACACAUUGCAUUCGGCAAUGUCGGUCGUUUCGCGACUUUGCACCAAAGUUGAACCCAAUUCACCCUGUAUAAAUAAUUGUGUUGAAAGCUUGAGCACCCUAUUACAGCAUGAGGAUGCUUUGGUAUCGGAUGGUGCUCUCAAAUGCUUUGCCUCUGUUGCGGAUCGUUUCACACGCAAAUGGAUUGAUCCCGCUCCCCUGGCCGAAUACGGUUUGGUUACGGAGCUGCUCAAACGGCUGGAAAAUGCGGGCGGUCCGCUAACAUCCGCAACGAAACUAAAUGCACCACAACUACCAAGUCCCAACUUGGACAGGACCGAGAAUGUAUCGGGAUCGGGAGCGGGAUCCACAACAGCCGGAGCAGUAGCAGCAACUACGACGACUGCAACAACCGGCAAAUUGCCAGCAAGCGAAUCAAUGCGUUCGCCUCAAUCGAUAUCGACAACAAUUUCGCUGUUGUCCACCUUGUGUCGUGGAUCGUCGUCAAUAACGCGCGACAUAUUAAGAUCUCAGUUGCCGGAGGCAAUUGAAAGAGCCCUCAAGGGCGAUGAACGUUGCGUGCUCGACUGCAUGCGCUUUGCAGAUCUGCUGCUCCUGCUACUCUUUGAGGGGCGUCAAGCCCUGAAUAGGGGCAGUGCUAAUUCGAAUCAGGGACAGCUGGUGCCGCGUCCUAAACGAACUGAUUCUACCACAGAUCGCACGCAUCGCCAGCUAAUCGAUUGUAUACGCUCCAAGGAUACAGAGGCAUUGCAGGAGGCCAUCGAAACUUGUGGUGUCGAUGUCAAUUGCAUGGAUGACGUUGGGCAGACCCUGUUGAAUUGGGCCUCGGCAUUUGGCACAUUGGAAAUGGUUGAAUAUCUCUGUGAGAAGGGUGCCGAUGUGAACAAGGGACAAAGGAGCUCGUCGCUUCACUAUGCUGCCUGCUUUGGGCGACCUGGCAUAGCAAAGAUACUGCUUAAAUUUGGAGCGUAUCCUGAUUUGCGAGAUGAGGAUGGCAAAACGCCACUUGAUAAGGCACGCGAAAGAUCCGAUGAUGGGCAUCGUGAGGUGGCCGCCAUUUUACAAUCGCCGGGGGAAUGGAUGUCAUCGGGGCACUUGCUUGCCGCCAACAAGGAUGGACAGACGUGCACAUUAAUUGAGCCACGUGGUGAUCCGGAAAUGGCGCCCGUCUAUUUGAAACUACUAUUGCCCAUUUUCUGUCGCACCUUUCAGGGCUCGAUGCUGACGAGUGUGCGGCGUGCGAGUUUGGGUCUGAUCAAAAAGAUCGUGCAAUAUGCUCAUCCCACAGUGCUCAAGAGUAUCUGCAAGAAGUGUAACGAGCCCUCAACUUCAAUAUCGGCUCAAAGUGUUGGCAACUUGCUGACCGAAGUCAUAGCCAGCGUAUUGGAUAGCGAGGAUGAUGAAGAUGGUCACUUAAUCAUUUUGAACAUUAUUGAAGAGCUCAUGUGCAAGACACAAGAGGAGUUCCUUGAGCAUUUCGCCCGCCUGGGCGUCUUUUCCAAAGUCCAAGCUUUAAUGGAUCACGGCAGCGAGGAUGCAAGCGCUAGCCAGCUAGCAGGUAGCUCGCAGGAUCUGUCAAAAGCAGCUGCUGCCCUUUGUAUGCCGCAUAGAUCGGUACAAGAUGAUUUAGUCGAGGACGCUAAGGAGAUUUUGCAGGGCAAGCCCUAUCAUUGGCGGGAUUGGAGCAUUUGCCGUGGCCGAGAUUGCUUGUAUGUUUGGUCAGAUUCGGCGGCAUUAGAGCUAUCUAAUGGCUCCAAUGGCUGGUUCCGAUUUAUACUCGACGGCAAAUUGGCCACAAUGUAUUCAAGUGGCACCCCAGAAAAUGGAAAUGAUAGCUCAGAAAAUCGUGGUGAGUUCUUGGAGAAACUUGUGCGUGCUCGCUCCAGCGUUAGUCCUGGCACACCAUCGCAGCCCAUAUUGCCGACGGUGUGUGUGCUGAGGCUGGUUGUUGGCAAUUGGGUGCUGCAAUCGCAUAAGCCGAAUCAAUUGCAAAUCCACAAUACGGAGGGACACCAGGUGACCAUCUUGCAGGAUGAUAUGCAGGGAUUCAUAUUCGAAAGCAAUCGCGGAACAAAGCAUUCGCUCACAGCGGAAACAUCAUUGGGUGCCGAUUUUGCAUCCGGUUGGUCAACGGAGAAGAAGAAACGCAUCAAAUCGAAAACGGAUGUGCAAAAGGUGCAAGUGGUGAACGUAUCUCGGGAAAUCUAUAAUAAAUACUUCAAGACGGCUCAAGUGAUACCGCGCGGAGCAGUUGCCAAGCUGACGGCGAUCGUUAAGCAGAUCAAUGUGGCCCUCGAGGAGCAACGUUUAGGCAACAGCAAUUGGUCGACAACCCUUAACACGGCACUGACCAACCUGUCGCAGUUGAUCCAUGAGGAUGGCGUUGUUAGUGCCUAUGAGAUGCACUCGUCGGGUCUCGUUCAAUCCUUGGUUGCCGUACUGUCCAACAACUAUUGGGAAAUGCACUUGUCGCGCUGCAAAACGAAUAAAAUGCUCAAGGAACGCAUCGAUAUAUUUAAAAAGUGCAUUUUCGGUGAAUGCAACAUUGAAUCAUCUUCGAGUACUCCAAAAAAUACGGCAAGUAUUCUAAUACAAAAAUUGGUCGCUGUUCUCGAGAGUACGGAGAAGUUGCCCGUCUUUCUUUACGAUGCACCCGGCACUGGCUACGGCCUGCAAAUCCUGCAGAAGCGUCUCCGCUUUCGCCUCGAGCGUGCUUCGUGUGAAAGUACCCUCUUUGAUCGUACCGGACGCACUUUGAAAAUCGAACCGCUAGCAACAGUGGGACAAUUGGCUAAAUAUCUACUAAAAAUGGUGGCCAAACAGUGGUACGAUUUGGAUCGUUCCACAUUUUUGUAUUUGAAGAAGUUGCGCGAACCCAAGCAGCCGGAGAACAUAACUUUCACACACAAUUUCGAUUUCGAUGAGGAGGGUCUAAUAUAUUACAUUGGCUCCAAUGGCCGCACCUAUGAAUGGGUCAAUCCGGCCCAAUACGGUCUGGUGCAGGUGACCAGCUCGGAGGGUAAAACGCUGCCCUAUGGCAAACUGGAGGAUAUAUUGUCGCGUGACGGUGUCUCAUUGAAUUGUCACACCAAGGACAAUAAAAAGGCCUGGUUCGCCAUCGAUUUGGGCGUGUAUAUUGUGCCCACGGCAUACACAUUGCGUCAUGCUCGCGGCUAUGGUCGCUCAGCGUUGAGGAAUUGGCUGCUGCAAGCGUCGAAGGACAGCGUUAAUUGGACCACUCUAAUCAGUCAUGUGGAUGACAAGAGUCUCGUUGAGCCGGGCAGCACGGCAACGUGGCCCAUCAUUUGUAAUGCGGACGAUACGAAGGGAUAUCGUCACAUUCGCAUUCAGCAGAAUGGACGCAAUGCGUCCGGCCAGACGCACUACUUGAGCCUGAGUGGAUUUGAGAUUUAUGGCCGUGUUGUUGGUGUAUGUGAUGACAUUGGCAAGACCAUCAAAGAGGCGGAGGCCAAAACACGUCGCGAACGACGUCAGAUACGAGCCCAGCUCAAGCACAUCACGAGCGGAGCACGCGUUGUGCGCGGCGUCGACUGGCGCUGGGAUGAUCAGGAUGGUUGCUGUGAGGGCACCAUCACUGGUGAAAUCCACAACGGUUGGAUCGAUGUCAAGUGGGAUCAUGGUGUACGCAAUUCGUAUCGCAUGGGGGCCGAAGGCAAAUACGAUCUGAAAUUGGCCAAUUUGGAAAGUGUUUCCGUAUUCGAAGGCGGUGUCAAUUCGAUGCUGCCAAUCGCCUCGUCGGGUGGUGCUGGUGUCGGCUGUGGCAAGAAGAAUGAUAAGACCAAUGUGCUGACAUCGCGUAAAUCGAGCUCAACGCCAUCGCUGCCCGAGGCCACGGAGAUCAAUAAGAAUCAUCAUCCCGAGGAUGCAUCCAAUCAAACGGUUUCCGCCGACAAUCUGGCCUGGAAGCAAACCGUCGAAACGAUCACCGAGAACGUUUUCAGCUCGGCCAAGUCGCACAUUGCAAACAAUCAGGCGAAUGCGGCUGCAGCCGCUGCUGCGGCUGCUGUGGCAGCUUCAGCUUCAGCUGCUGCUGCUGCUGCAACAGGCGGCGAGGGUCAGGACGCGAGUGCUGCAGAUCAUCAAACAUCAUCGUCGUCGUCGUCAACAAAUGUUGUGGCAUCUCCAUUGAUUCGGGAGUUGCAACACAUCGCCGAUUUGUCCACCAUUAAUAACUCAAUGCCGGCUAUCAAUUUGAGCAAUGCUUCCGAUUUGGCAACGAUUACGGAGAGUUUGUCCAUUGUGGAGAUAUCCAAGGAGAAAUCUACGGAUUUAAAAUCAAGCGAAUCAGCAGCAACAGCAGCAGCAGCGAAUCCUGUUGCCUCGUCAAAGCAGCAUGCAGCCAAACGCAUUCCACACAUUGAGGAAAACAACAAGAUGAAUGCCAACAAUGUGGCCAAGGGUCUCUUGAUCAAUCUGAAGCAAUUGAAUGCAGGUGGUGGCGUCGGUAGCGGCGGCAAUUCUCAAUCCCAAUGUGGUGGUUCAGCUGAAACGCACGAGAUCAUUGAUAAGAUGCGCGAUGGUGUCGACAUGAUACGCAACAAUACCAACAAUAUUCUAUCCUCGGAUGAGUUGCACAUACCGCGCACGGCAACAGCCGGCCUCAAGGGGAACACAAAGGUCUCCGUAUUGAUUCAACCCGGUAAUCUCCAGAAGAAUGAAUCUGUCGAUGCGGAUAAAUCAUCGACGCCGCCACAGGAUGAGAAUCCGGGCAUUUCCAUUGAGAACAUUAUGAAUCCACAGAUUUCGAAUGAUGUUGUGUCCGCCGUCUCCAAUCAAAUGAGCAUCAGUGUACCCAAUCUGACCACUUCCUCGUCGGAGGUCUCAUCCACAUCUGAGGUGGCCGUCCAUACGGGUCUGCUGGAAACAUUUGCGGCGAUCGCUCGUCGUCGCACCUCGCAGGACACCAACAACGAGGAGAAUCAGUCCAACAAUACGAACGCCAACAAGAACGAGCACAGCAAUCAGAAUGUGGGUGGCGCCAGCUCCUUCUUUGCCCGGGGUCCCAAUUCGGUGACGAGCCUGGUGAAAUUGGCACUGUCCAGUAAUUUCCAUUCGGGUCUUUUGAGCACCGCCCAAAGCUAUCCGAGUCUGUCGUCGAAUAAUGGCGAGAAUUCAUCGUCGAAUUCGACCAAUAAGAAACUUAGCCAACAACAUCCAACUCCGUCGAUUAAUCCAACGUUGACCAUGAGUCUGACGUCCACUUCGAGUGACAGCGAGCAAGUGUCGCUGGAGGACUUUUUGGAAAGCUGUCGGGCGCCCACGUUGCUGGGCGACAUGGAGGAUGAGGACGACAUGGAGGAGGAGAAUGAUGAGGAGGAGAACGAAGAUGAAUACGAAGAGGUGGGUAAUACUCUGCUGCAGGUGAUGGUCUCACGCAAUCUGUUGACCUUCAUGGAUGAUGAGUCGCUGGAGAAUCGUUUGGCCGGCGUCAGCAAGCGUAAAUCCUGGGAUGAUGAAUACGUUUUGAAACGACAAUUUUCGGCCCUAAUACCGGCCUUUGAUCCUCGACCGGGUCGUACCAAUGUCAACCAAACGACCGAUUUGGAAAUUUGUCCGCCCGACUCGAGUCCGGAAACGUAUCAGCAGAGUGGUCAAAUCAACUCUGAGCAGACAACUCUUGGCCUCAAGCUACGUGGUCCUGGUGUUGGUGGAGUGCCCGACGUUGAGAUCGAUCUGGAUAACAGUGAGUGGACCAUUUUCCGUGCCGUUCAAGAACUGCUGCAAAACAGUCAACUCAACAAGAACGACAAAUUUCGCAAAUUGUGGGAGCCAACAUACACUAUUGUCUAUCGCGAGACAUUUCCAACGGUGCUGGAAUGCGGUGGUUCCUACAUUGAAUCGGAUGAGGGCCAAAAGACGCCCGGUGUCUCGUCGAGAAGCGGAGCAUCGACACUGUCACCGAACUCACCGGUGCAUGGCGGCCUAAGCAUAACCGAUAAUAACUUGUGCUCCGUGGAGGAUGUACUCGAUUUGCUCACCCAAAUCAAUGCGCUCAAUCAAACUGAUGAAUUGGAUGGCGAUGAGCAGAGCGCCACUUCCUCAACAGCGAAUCCUACAUGUCUACCAGCUGAGCUCUUUAUGAGCAAGAAAAUAACGAAUAAGCUGCAACAACAGAUCCAUGAUCCACUCGUCCUCUCGAGCAAUGCUCUGCCCAAUUGGUGUGAGGAUCUGAAUCAAUCGUGUCCAUUUCUAUUCCCAUUCGAGACGCGACAAUUGUAUUUCAAUUGCACGGCAUUUGGCUCAUCGCGUAGCAUUGUUUGCCUUCAGUCGCAGCGUGACAUAACCAAUGAACGCCAGCGCAUACCCAUAAUGAGUCCACGCCGCGAUGAUCAGCAUGAUUUCCGCGUUGGGCGAUUGAAGCACGAACGUGUCAAGGUGCCGCGCAACAAGGAUCUGCUCAGAUGGGCCAUUCAAGUGAUGAAGGCGCAUUGCAAUCGCAAAUCGGUGCUCGAAGUCGAGUUCCUGGAUGAGGAAGGCACUGGCUUGGGACCGACACUGGAGUUCUAUGCCCUCGUUGCUGCAGAGAUUCAACGCUCUGAUUUAUGCAUGUGGCUGUGCGACGAUGAGUUGAGUGAUGAUGAUCAGGAGGCGACUAACAUCCAGGAUGCAGCACCACAAUUUCACAAUAUUGCUGAUGCAACGAAACCGAUUGGUUAUUAUGUGAAUAGGCGUGAGAAUGGUUUGUUCCCGGCUCCGUUGCCACAGAACUCGGAGCUGUGUGAGCAGGUCUCCAAGUAUUAUUGGUUCUUUGGCGUUUUCAUUGCCAAAGUUUUGCAGGAUAUGCGACUUGUGGACAUGCCUCUCUCCAAAUCGUUCCUCCAAUUGCUUUGUCACAAUAAAAUACUAUCACGCAAUGAUAUCAAGCUUCGUUCCAAUGCACGCUUCAAGGAUCUGAUUGUUAGCUCGGUGGUGUCGAGGGAUUCGGAAGGACUGGCAAGCAGCGAUUCGAAGGGUUUGAACGAUGAUUACAGCCAAUCCAAGUGGUUUAGCGGCGUCCUCAAUAUUGAGAACCUCAAAGAGAUCGAUGCAACGCGCUAUCAAUUCCUAAUCGAAUUACAAGAUCUGCUGAUGCGCAAGCAAACUAUUGAAUUGGACGAUAGUCUGAGCUGUGACGAGAAAGAUGAAUUAAUUAAUAAUCUGAAGAUGUGCACGAAAAAUGAUAUUGAAGUAUCACUAGAGGAAUUAGCCCUAACUUUCACCUAUUUACCCAGCUCAUCCGUAUAUGGUUACACAUAUGCCGAGCUUAUUCCAAAUGGUGCAUCGAUCGAAGUCGACAUUAAUAAUUUAGAGGCGUAUUGCGAAUUGCUACUCAACUUUAUGCUACAGGAUGGUAUCGCCAUGCAGAUGCAGGCAUUCCACGAUGGUUUCUGCGAAGUGUUUCCUUUAAAUAAACUGGCCGCAUUUAAUCCAACCGAGGCCAGAAUGAUGAUUUGUGGCGAACAAUAUCCGCAAUGGACCCGCGAAGAUCUAAUGGCGUACACUGAACCAAAACUCGGCUAUUCCAAGGAUAGUCCUGGAUUUUUGCGUUUUGUAAACGUUCUGCUGAGCUUCUCGGGCGCUGAGCGCAAAGCCUUUUUGCAAUUUACAACUGGCUGCAGCAGUUUGCCACCGGGUGGAUUGGCCAAUUUGCAUCCCAGACUGACGGUGGUGCGCAAGGUGGACGCUGGCACAGGAAGCUAUCCGUCGGUGAACACUUGUGUUCACUAUUUGAAGCUGCCUGAUUACCCGUCUGAGGAUAUAAUGAAGGAUCGAUUGUUAACAGCAACCAAGGAGAAAGGGUUUCAUUUAAAUUAAAAUAUACAAAAAAAAACAAAUCGUUUCUUUUUAUUAUUCAUUUUUAUUUGAUAAGUAAAAUUUAAAAAUGGUUUAGAUCUAUCCCAAAAUGCAAAAAAACCUAUGUAAAUACUAAAACGUACGACUAAUUAACAAAUUGCACCUAUUGUCCGAAAUAAUGUAUAUUACUAGUAGCUUAGUUAUUAUCUAUUUCAACUUAUCAAGAGAAUUAUUCUGGCAAUUGCCAGGCUAUCAUAAUUAUCAAAUUAUAAUUUGUGGUAAAGUACGUAUUUUAAUAAAUUUGCCUUUGAUGUUGAACA